AUGGACGACCCGGAAGCUGAAGACGAAGAGGAGGCCGACGAGGCUGCGGUGAACGAGGCUUCGCGUCGACCUCCUCCCGUGAACAGUGAUUACCUCCCUCUUCCUUGGAAGGGCAGAUUGGGCUAUGCUUGUCUCAAUACCUAUCUUCGAUACAGCAACCCACCAGUCUUUGCUUCUCGUACCUGUCGCAUUGCUUCAAUUCUAGAACAUAGACAUCCACUACGCGACCCAAAUGAGCCCGAGCAUCCAACAAAGAACCGUCCGGAUCGUGAGCAGCCUGCAAGCAUCGAAAGAGGCAUGAAGUAUGUGGAAGCGCUUGGUGUGGCUAACGCCAGAGAUGUCAUCAAGAUGCUUAGAUGGAACCACAAGUACGGCAUCAGGUUCUUGCGUCUGUCUAGCGAGAUGUUCCCUUUUGCUUCUCACGAGGAGUAUGGAUACAAGCUUGCACCUUUCGCAUCAGAAGUACUGGCUGAAGUCGGCAAGGUCGUCGCUGAAUUAGGUCAUCGUGUGACUACCCAUCCUGGCCAAUUUACCCAACUAGGAUCACCACGCAAGUCAGUCAUCGACAAUGCCAUCCGAGAUUUGUCAUACCACGACGAAAUGCUCUCGCUGUUGAACCUUCCUGAGCAGGAGAACAGAGAUGCUGUGAUGAUCCUCCAUCUGGGAGGUGUAUUCGGCGACAGAGCAGCAACUCUGGACAGGUUCCGUGAGAACUACAAGACACUCCCUCAGUCAGUCAAGAACAGAUUGGUGCUCGAGAACGACGAUGUUAGUUGGUCAGUUCACGAACUGCUCCCCAUCUGUGAGGAACUCAACAUCCCUAUGGUUCUUGAUUACCAUCACCACAAUAUCAUCUUCGACUCUACUCAAUUGCGUGAGGGUACGAAAGACAUUUGCGACCUCUACCCUCCCAUCAAGGCAACCUGGGAUAAGAAGGGUAUCAAGCAGAAGAUGCAUUACUCCGAACCCACCCCUGCUGCCAUUACUGGAACACAGAGAAGAAAGCACAACCCGCGCGUGGCCACCCUACCGCCUUGUGCGGAUGAUAUGGAUCUCAUGAUCGAGGCAAAGGAUAAAGAACAGGCUGUCUUUGAGUUGAUGAAGACAUUCAAGCUUCCUGGCUACGAUACAUUCAGCGAGGUGAUACCGCAUUUUAGAGAAGACGACAACAAAGCGGCCACACAGGCUUCCAACAAGAAGAAGGCGACGCCAAAGAAGAAGGGCAAGCAGGUCAAGGACGAGGACGAGGAGAUGGAAGAUGAUGCAGGUUCCGUAGUAGACUGUGAGACAUUUGCCCUGAUACCCGAAGAAGAAGUCGGCAUGGGCGGUCCCUUAGGUCGCGUCUACUGGCCACCAGGCAUGGAAGACUACCUCCGUCCCAAAAAGCGCGAAGUCAAGCCAAAGGCCCCCGGAUCAGCAAAGAAAGUCACCCCAGCACAAAAGAAAAAGGCACUUGCCGACGCCGUCGCCCUCGAGGCUGCCGUAAAGGAACAGCACGAAUCAGACGAAGAAGCAGCAGAAGCCGCAACUACAGCAACCAAAAAGGCAAAAGAGGCACUCAAGCAAAGAGCCGCAGCCGCCAGAGCCAAAUCCGACGCCCUCCACACCGUCACAGCUCCUCCCACAGCAGCGGCCACUGCACCCGCAGCCGCCGCAGCCGCACCAAAACCCGCACCUAAACGCAGAGCACCUGCACCAAAAGUGAAGAAGGAAAAGGAAGAAAAAACCGAAGUCACACCACCCACAAGUGAAGAUUCAGAGCUCGAAUUGAGUGCUUCAGAAGACGAAGCACCUGCAAAGCGACCGGCUCGUGCUGGAGCAAGGUCGAGCGGCCGAGCCAACAAGGCUAAAGUCAGCUAUCAAGAGGCUGAUGUCAGUAUGGAUGAGGAUUGA